UUUUAAAACUGGGGUGUAGAGGGUUUUUAGUUCCUUCUACGUUCUAAAGGUUUGAGCUAAAUGUUCUUAAUUUCUACUAGUCAUUUGGGAAGAGAUGAAGCAGUGAUCAGAAAGUCCAACAUGCAUCUUUUAAAGUUGUGUAACUUUGGCUUAGUGUGUUUUCAUUUGGACGUUCAUUGGAGAUGUUUGCGCUGUUAAAAUCUCCAAAAACAAUGACAAGACAGGAUGGAUAUUUUUCCUUUAUGAUCUGUUGUCUUGAAGAAACCUUCUUUUCUCCUGAGAUGUUCCUCAUGGAAACUGUUUGGAAAAGAAGAGAGUCAAGAAGAACAAUCUGUCGUAUCGUCCACCCUGUAAGCUCAUGUAGGAAGUUAUCACUUCCUACAUGAAUCUUCCUCAUGCGAUGUGAGAAAUGGCGCAGAUUCUCACACUUCUUUUUCAUCUGUUUCUAAUCUACACACUUCAAAUUCAAGGUUCCUCUGCAGUGACUGAUGUAUUUGUGAAAACUGGAGAUGAUCUUAUUCUUAAUCUCACAGCUGAAAUUCCAUCAGAUGCUAUCAUUUGGUCAUGGAAAUUUACAAAUGAGGCAAUAGUAACAUUUAUAAAUGGUUCCAAGUCAACUGUUCAAAAGAGUCACAUUGGAAGAGUUGAUGUUCUUGAUGAAAAAUCCAAUGUGAAACUAAAGAAUCUACAAAAGUCAGACAGUGGUAUUUAUACUGCAACGGUAGUAGUGCCUACAGCCAAAACACUAACUCAAUACAAUGUUACAGUUCAAGAUCCAGUGUCUCCAGCUGAUCUCACCUUUACCUGUGCGUUCAUCUCCUCCUCCUCCUAUAACCUGACAGAAACCUGCAGGGCAGACGACUCUUCAAUCAGCACCACUCUGAGAUGUGAGAAUGAAAUCUGUAACCAGGAGGGAGGAGAGAGAAGAUCAGUCACCAAAUCCAGCUCUUCUCUUCAUAUCUACAAGUUGAAAGAAUCAAUCGUCUGUAACCAUAGCAACCAGGUCAGCAAGAUUGAAUCCAUCGAAAACAUUGAAACUCACUGCAUUGAACUUGCUAAGAAGAGAAACAUUACAAUUAUUAACAUCACAAGAAUAAUCCUGGCUGCAAUACUGGUUGUAGUUUUCAUCUUAACUGUCGUUAUAAGACAAUGUAAAAGGAAAACCAAACCAGAGGAAGUGAUGUACGAGUUUCCAGAGUGACACCAGGUGAACCAGACAAACAGAAUCCUGUAGCAGAUUCUGCAGACGGGUCGUUCGGACUCAUGAAGUUUCUAACAUUGGAGAGACUGGAAACACCUCCGAACAAACGGAGGAAACCUGUUCACCGUCUCAUAAAUAUAAAUAUGAUGCUUUUGUAAAACUGUAAAUCUGCUUUGUGACAAAGAGGAUCCAUUAUGUCCAAGUUAAAAUAUCUAACAAGUUUGAGUGCCAUGAAUGUUAAACAUGGAUUCCCAGUGACAUCUGCUGGGCGAGUAGAAAAAGAACUGAGGAAAUAAAGUGAUCCACAUUUU